CGUACGGUGGUGCAUUUAUAACAACAUUGAAUCAUUCAUGUCUAUAGGGCGAUGAAUUAUGCUUACUUUUGCCCCUCGAGCACACCAGAGCUCACUAUCCAGGAUCUUAUGCCCGAAACUUAUGCCCGAUCAGAGUGGGGGAUGGCAAUGAAUGACAUAACAAACCUACCUAAGCUAUGUUACUUCCAUCUUGUACGAUAGCCCAACAACGCCAGAAAUAUGCUGAUAGCUAUUAGCCAUGUCUAUACAUAGCUACUCCGAAUUAGAUGAAUAGGUAUCCAAGGUAGCCAGGACAAAAGGAUAAACUUGAAUAUUCAUAUUAUCACCAUCUACCACUACUCUCGCCCUCUAUUAGCUCUUAUGAAACCAUGGCAGCAGCUGAUAUACUCCCGAAGCCGCCUAUACCCGAGCUGCCAUCCGUGCAACAGGAUAUUCGCGCCCCAACUGCUGCCGAAGCUCUCACGUCUCUGAUACAGUCAACGUAUACUACCUCCGAGUUAUGCUUUUUCGUCAACGGCCGUCGAGUUACGGUUCAGAAUCCUAACCCAGAUUGGGUUCUCCUCGACUGGAUUCGAGCCCAGGACAACUUAAAAGGAACCAAGCUCGGAUGUGGCGAAGGUGGAUGUGGUGCCUGUACUGUUGUCCUCCAGACCGUCGAAGAAGGCAGGCGGUUAAGGCAUAGUGCUGUGAACGCUUGCCUUUUCCCCUUGGUUGGCGUCGAUGGGAAAAGUCUAAUUACUAUUGAGGGCUUGGGCACCGUUGAUCGCCCUCAUCCUUUACAAGAGAGGGUAGCAAAGAUGCAUGGUUCUCAGUGCGGAUUUUGUACCCCUGGAAUAGUAAUGAGUCUGUAUGCGCUCGUUAGAAAUUCUUAUCGGGAUGGAAAGUUUCGGCUUUCAGCUUCUGACGUUGAGCUGCAAGGCCAUUUAGAUGGAAACCUUUGUAGAUGCACAGGUUACAAACCAAUUCUUGAGGCUGCUAAGACGUUUAUUCUAGAGGAUUUGAAAGGCGAAUUGAUCGAAGAAAACAAACCCUCCUCCUUAAGUACUCCCGAGGAUGAAGACGGACUUCUGCAAAUGCCAGCAAAUGGAAGUGGGUGCGGUUCCUCGUCCAGCGGCUCUUGCGGGCGUCCGGGGGGAUGCUGCCGGGACCCAUCAACGUCUUCAUCUGGGGGCAGUGCCGACAGAGCAUCCUCUCAGGAAUCUGCUAAUACACGAGCAACCUCCGUAGAUUCAGGUAAACAUACGGCAUCGUCUUUCUCGUUUAUACCAUACAAUCCCGCAGCAGAAAUCAUAUUCCCUCCAGCUCUCUGGAGAUAUGAAGAGCGGCCUAUCUGUUAUGGAGAUGGGAGAAAGAUCUGGUUCAAACCUACAACUCUAGAGCAACUGAUGGAACUAAAAGAUGCUUGGCCUUCUGCCAAAAUCGUGGGAGGCGCUAGCGAGACACAGAUCGAGGUUCGAUUCAAGAAGUCCGAAUAUCGGGUAUGCGUCUAUGCGUCGGACAUCAAAGAGCUUAACAGCUUCAAAGGGCCUAGUAGUGAUGCCGAGCUCAAAACCCUUUCGGAAGUAUCGAUCCCAGGUAAUAUGCCGCUAACCAAGGUAGAAGACCUAUGUGCCACAUUAUUCACAAAACUCGGUGCCAGAGCAAGCGCACUCGAGGCGCUUAGAAAGCAGCUUAGAUACUUCGCAGGCCGUCAAAUUCGGAACGUUGCCAGCCUGGCUGGGAAUUUAGCGACUGCAAGUCCCAUUUCUGAUGCUGCCCCAGCACUACUAGCAGCAGGAUCUGUAAUCACUAUAAGAUCUAAGGGGAGGAACCCCUAUGACAUACCACUUUCGGCGUUCUUCAUUAAGUAUCGGACAACUCAGUUGCCUCCCAACGGUAUAAUCACACACAUCAAAAUACCACUACCGUCACCAGAGGCGCUGGAGGUAACGAAGGCAUAUAAACAAGCGAAGAGGAAAGACGACGACAUCGCGAUUGUGACUGCCGGUUUUCGAGUAUGCGUAAGUCAGAAAGGACUCGUCGAACAGGCGACAUUCGCGUAUGGCGGCAUGGCACCAAUUACCACACUGGCGGCUACGGCCCAGAAGGCUGUGAUAGGAAAGCAAUGGACAGAUAGUAUCACACGUGAAGAUGCUCUUCAGGCUCUUUUACAGGACUUUGAUUUAUCAUUUGGCGUACCAGGUGGAAUGGCUCAGUAUAGGAAGGUUCUCACCUUGUCACUAUUUUUCCGUUUUUGGCAGGAGAGUAUCGCAGAAUUAGGCCUUGCUGAAAUCGAAAGUGAUGCUAUUCAAGAGAUACACCGGGGGGUAUCUUCUGGGACUCGCGACCACGUUGCUACUUCAGGCACCAAUGUGGUGGGUAAAGAAAUACCGCAUCUUUCGGCCUUGAAGCACUGCACCGGCGAGGCAGAGUAUAUCGACGACAUGCCCCGGCAAAACAAUGAGUUGCACUGCGCUCUCGUCUUAUCAACAAAGGCACAUGCAAAGAUACUCGCCGUCGACUGGAGCCCUGCGCUUGAAAUGCCAGGAGUUGUAGGUUACCUUGACAAGGACAGUGUAUCGAGAGCAAAUAAUACAUGGGGUCCGAUCCGAGCAGACGAGCCUCUAUUUGCAGUAGACGAAGUUCAUUCGCACGGCCAGACAAUAGGUUUAGUCUACGCCGAGACAGCGUUACAAGCUCAAGCUGCCGCCGCCAAAGUCAAGGUAACGUACGAAGUGUUGCCGGCGAUAAUCACUAUUAGCCAAGCCAUCAAAGCCCAGAGUUAUUUUGAGCAUGGAAAGCAGUUGAAAAAGGGGGCAGCUAUCCAGGGGCCUCUUGACGACGAAUUCGCCAAAUGCGAGCACGUCUUCGAAGGGUUGACGAAGCUAGGCGGCCAAGAGCAUUUCUACCUAGAAACUAUUUCCGCAUUAGCGAUUCCGCAUGCCGAGGAUGGUUCCAUGGAAGUCUACGCCUCUACUCAGAACCUAGCAGAGAACCAGAUCUUCGUCUCUCAGGUACUUGGCGUACCGAUGAGUCGCGUAAAUAUGAGGGUCCGACGUCUUGGGGGUGCUUAUGGUGGAAAGGAGUCGAGAGUCACGCCAGCAGCAUGCCUUGUUGCUCUUGCUGCUAAAAAGGAGCGGCGCCCGAUGAGGAUAAUGCUAAACCGCGACGAAGAUAUGUCAACUAGUGGCCAGAGAAAUCCAAUGCAAUGUAAGUGGAAAAUUGGCACGGAUGCGAACGGAAUAAUACAGUGCUUCGAUGCGGAUAUCUAUUGCAACGCCGGGUAUUCUCUAGACAUGUCUGGCGCCGUCAUGGAUCGGGCCUGUACUCACAUUGAUAAUUGCUACAAUAUACCACACGCCUGGAUACGCGGGUGGGUGUGCAAGACAAAUACAGUAACGAAUACUGCGUUCCGAGGCUUUGGCGGACCGCAAGCGAUGUACUUGGCCGAGUCAUACAUGAGUGUCAUUGCUGAGCGGCUCAAUAUGGAUAUCGAUGAGCUUCGGCUCAAAAAUCUGUAUAAGCAGGGUGAUUUAACCCCCUUUUUACAACCCAUCGAUGUCGACUUUCACAUCCCAACCAUGCUGGAACAGCUCAGUGCCAAUGCAGAUUAUGAGAAUAGGAAGAAGGAAGUCCGAUUAUUCAACUCCGGGAACCGCUAUAGGAAGAGAGGGAUAUGCAUGAUACCUACCAAAUUCGGACUCAGCUUUGCCACUGCUUUACAUCUAAACCAAGCUGGCGCAUAUGUAAGAAUCUACGAAGAUGGCUCGAUCCUCCUUCACCACGGAGGCACCGAGAUGGGACAGGGUCUAUAUACAAAGAUGUGCCAGGUUGCAGCUGAAGAACUUGGCGUGAGCGUGGACCAAAUAUUUAAUAAAGAUUCUCAGACUGACCAAGUCGCCAACCCAUCCCCUACCGCUGCGUCGUCCGGUAGUGAUCUUAACGGUAUGGCUGUUAAGAACGCUUGCGAUCAGCUUAAUGAACGCCUAGCGCCCUACAGGGAACAAUUCGGACGGGAUGCUCCAAUGUCAAAGAUCGCCCAUGCCGCAUACCGAGACCGAGUUAACCUUGCGGCCAACGGAUUUUGGAAGAUGCCCAAGAUAGGGUAUAAAUGGGGAAAUUAUAAAGACCCCCUUCCGAUGUACUACUAUUUUACUCAGGGUGUAGCGAUCACGGAGGCCGAAUUAGAUCUUCUUACAGGCGAUCAUACCGUUCUAAGGACGGACAUAAUGAUGGAUGUCGGUCGUUCUAUCAACCCUUCGAUCGACUAUGGGCAAAUCGAAGGGGCCUUCGUUCAAGGACAGGGCCUAUUCACCAUGGAGGAAUCGCUGUGGACGCGAGAAGGUGAGAUAUUCACGAAGGGACCUGGGACUUAUAAGAUACCAGGUUUCUCAGAUAUCCCUCAAAUCUUCAACGUGUCCAUGUUGAGGCACGACUCGGAAGGAAAUGCCAUAAGCUGGAAGCAUCUGCGCUCCAUUCAAAGUAGCAAGGGUAUCGGGGAACCGCCGCUUUUCUUAGGUUCGACGGUAUUCUUUGCCCUUAGGGAAGCAGUCAAAGCUGCGAGAGAGAUGAACGGCGUGACGGAACCAUUGGUUCUUGACGCCCCAGCAACGGCGGAAAAGCUGCGCCUAGCUGUCAGCGAUGAAUUUGUCAAGCGCGCUGCUGUUGUCCCAAAAGAAGGAGAGACGAACUUCUUCGUUCGUAUCGAGGAUUAGACAAUACCAAGCACGCGAUGGGUUGCAGGAUUCACAGUGUCAUCAAGAAUGUAUAUUUUCAUAUAAUAUAUUACACGAAGGU